GGCUGAGGCUGCUGGCACGGAGCGCAUCCCGCCGGCCCGGAGCGCCCGCACCGCGCAGCCUGCCCGGGAAACCUGCCCUUAGCUCCGCACUGCUCGGAUCCGCGGCGGCUGCCCUGACCUGUGAAGCCCCUUCACUCGCGCUCCGACAGGGAACGGUGCUGCUCCAUUGUGGUUUUGACCAUGAGUCAUGAGGAAUAAACCAAAGCACUGAAGGUCAUCAUCCAAGGAAAUUGUUAUCCACAUUAACAAGAUUAGAAUAAAAAAGGCACAGGAAGAUGUAGUGUUCCGGCGGGAGGCGCAGGAGCCGGAGCAAGUGCUGGGCCGGGGGCUCCAGGCGGGAUUGCCCUCCCUGCCACGGCCUCACCAUGUCCAAGAAGGGCUCCAGCAGCCGGGCCAGAGGGGACAAGCCGGACGCCUUGGCCGCCCUGCAGGCUGCCAAUGAGGAGCUCAGGGCCAAGCUCACUGACAUCCAGAUAGAGCUCCAGCAGGAAAAGAGUAAGGUCAGCAAGUUGGAAAGAGAGAAAAACCAGGAAGUGAAGCAAAUCAAGGAGCACGAACAGCAUAAAAGCACCGUGGUGGUCACAGAGCUCAAAGUCAAACUGCAUGAGGACAAAAUGAAGGAGCUCCAAGCUGUUCGAGAAGCACUUCUGAGGCAGCACGAAGCUGAACUGCUCAGAGUAAUAAAAAUUAAGGACAAUGAAAUCCAGAGACUGCAGACCCUGCUCAACGCCGUGCGCGAUGGGGGUCCCGACAAGGUGAAAACGGUGCUGCUCUCGGAGGCCAAGGAGGAGGCCAAGAGAGGCUUUGAGGUGGAGAAAAUCAAAAUGCAGCAGGAGAUUUCCGAGCUGAAGGGGGCUAAGAAACAAGUGGAGGAGGCUCUAACCAUGGUCAUCCAAGCUGACAAAAUCAAAGCAGCGGAGAUCAGGAGUGUGUAUCACCUGCACCAGGAGGAAAUCACCAGGAUCAAGAGGGAGUGCGAGAGAGAGAUUCGUAGGCUGAUGGAGGAGAUUAAGUUUAAGGACAGAGCAGUCUUCGUGCUGGAGAGAGAGUUAGGGGUGCGAGCCGGGCAUGCUCAGAGACUGCAGCUCCAAAAGGAGGCUUUAGAUGAACAACUGUCCCAGCUCAAAGAGUCUGACCGGCAUCUGAGCAGCCCCAAGCGGGAACUUCCUUAUGCAAGUGGUGCAGGAGACGCUUCAGAUCAUUCGGGAAGCCCCGAACAGCAGUUGGAUGAAAAGGAUGCCCGGCGCUUCCAACUGAAAAUCGCGGAGCUGAGCGGCAUCAUCAGGAAGCUGGAGGACCGGAACGCCCUGCUGUCGGAGGAGAGGAACGAGCUGUUAAAACGUCUCAGAGAAGCAGAAAGUCAGUAUAAGCCCAUUCUGGACAAGAACAAACGCCUUAGUAGGAAGAAUGAGGAGUUGUCACAUGCCUUACGUCGAAUGGAAAAUAAAUUGAAAUUUGUGACACAAGAAAAUAUCGCGAUGAGGCAAAGAACUGGAGCAAUAAGGAGACCAAGCUCCUUAAAUGACCUUGACCACAGCCAGGAAGAAAGAGAAGUUGAUUUCCUGAGACUACAAGUUGUUGAGCAGCAAAACAUCAUUGAUGAACUCUCCAAGACCCUGGAGACUGCUGGCUAUGUGAAGAGUGUCAUGGAACGUGAUAAGCUGUUAAGGUUCAGGAAGCAAAGGAAAAAAAUGACAAGAAUUCCUAAGAAGCCGGUUGUGGAGACAUUUUACGGCUACGACGACGAAGCUUCCCUGGAGUCAGAUGGUUCCUCCAUCUCCUACCAAACUGAUCGGACAGACCAAACCCCCUGCACUCCUGAGGAUGACUUAGAAGAGGGCAUGGCCAAGGAGGAGACAGAGCUGCGGUUCCGGCAGCUGACCAUGGAAUACCAGGCCCUGCAACGAGCCUAUGCCCUGCUGCAGGAGCAGGUGGGAGGGACCCUGGAUGCAGAACGAGAAGUUAAGACACGUGAGCAGCUCCAAGCAGAAAUCCACCGGUCCCAGGCUCAGAUAGAAGACCUGGAGAAGGCCCUGGCUGAGCAGGGACAGGACAUGAAGUGGAUUGAGGAGAAGCAAGCACUCUACAGAAGAAAUCAGGAACUGGUAGAAAAGAUCAAACAGAUGGAAGCCGAAGAAGCUCGUCUGAAACAUGAUGUCCAGGACGUGAAGGACCAAAACGAGCUUCUGGAGUUCAGGAUCUUGGAGCUGGAAGAGAGGGAGAGACGGUCCCCUGCCAUCAACUUCCUGCACGGCCCGUUCACAGAGGGGAAGAGCCCCCUCCAGGUGUACUGCGAGGCAGAAGGUGUAACAGACAUAGUAGUAGCAGAGCUGAUGAAAAAAUUGGACAUUUUAGGGGAUAACGCCGUAAGUAAUCUGACCAACGAAGAGCAAGUGGUCAUCAUACAAGCAAGGACUGUCCUCACGUUGGCUGAAAAGUGGCUCCAGCAGAUCGAGGUGACGGAGUCGGCGCUGCAGCAGAAAAUGCUGGACCUGGAAAACGAGAAGGAGCUGUUCAGCAAACAAAAGGGCUACCUGGACGAUGAGCUGGACUUCAGGAAGCAGUCCCUGGACCAGGCCCACAAGCAAAUUCUGGAAUUAGAAGCCAUGCUCUAUGAUGCCCUGCAGCAAGAAGCUGGAGCCAAAAUUUCCGAACUUCUUUCAGAAGAGGAGAAGGAGAAGCUGAAGAGCGCCGUGGAGCAAUGGAAGCGGCAGGUGAUGAGUGAGCUCCGGGAGAGGGACGCCCAAAUCCUGCGGGAAAGGAUGGAGCUCAUUCAGCACGCACAGCAGAGAAUUAAAGAGCUAGAAGAAAGAAUUGAAGGCCAAAAAAGACAAAUAAAAGAGUUAGAGGAAAAGCUUUCAUUCUUUGGUCAUAGCCCUUCAGGCCCCAUGCACAAGCCUACUGAGAGAACUACAGCUGCUCCUGCUGUUAUUCCCAGGAAGACAGCCCUGCUUCCUGAGACCAAAACAGAGACAUUGCCCUUUCCACCCCCCCAGAUUUCUCUCAUACUUUGCUACUGGCAAUGGAAGGUGCAAUUCUUGUGACCCUUUCAGACUGGGGCUGGACCAGGGGGUGUGGAGAUCCCUGCACAGGCCACAUCCACACCACUGAAAUCCCUGACGGAGCGUUUGGAAAAGGCAGAACUAAGCUGACAACGAAAGCCAAAAACUCUCCUCCUCCCUCUCCUACAGCCACAGGCUCCUUCCCCAAGUCCUGGCUCUGCUGCUUGAACUAACCUCCAGUGGAAUCCUGGCUCUGCUGCUGGACACAGCUCUUGGCUCUGUCAGGAGCGACAGAACUAAUUCAGAUACACUGAAUUAUUUUGGUUCCCUGCUAAGCAGGUGGCAAAUUGCUUCUGUGUAGAAGUGCCCGUGUCCUGUUUGUAUGUCACACAUUUAUAUUUGUUAUCCAUAGUUCUUUAAAAAUCUCUUUUGAAAGAAGACUUUAGGAAGAGUUCCAGAGAAGUAGCUCGUGACAAGAUGAAUAGGAGUGAAAAUGAAGUGGUUUGUUCCAAGGUAUUUCUUUGUAACACAGGGUUUGUCCCGUGGUUUGUUGAAUAUCCCAAGAGCCCAGUUUUAGGGAAAAUCAUGAAGCUACAUUCAGGAAAUCAAGCUGUAAUUUUUUUUUUGAGUUUUCAGUAAACCAUGAUGAGCAGAAUGACACAAUAAUUUAUAAUUUGCUGUCCCUGAGUGAUGAUAAAAAGCUAAACAUUGUCCCAGCAAAAAGUUCAACCUGGGAAAGAGUGAACUAAAACAAUUAUCCCUGAUCCACACGUGCUGGACUGGGGGAGGCAGCAAGAGGGAGCAGAAGAUGUUGUCAAAUGGAAGAUGAUGUCAGCUGGAAAACGUCCUCACCUUGGGGAAAGGGAGCACAAAUCCCACAGAUCCCAAGCCCAGGAGGCUGGUGCAGGAACCAGGAAGGAAAAGGAAUCCUCUAGAAAAACAGCUGAAGAGGGGAAAUCCAGAAGAAAUUCCAGACUGUCAUAGACCACAUGGGAUCUUCAGCUGAGCACAGAAACCCGGGGCUGUGGGACAAGGCCAGGAACAAGGUCCUGUUCACAGCCAUGGCAAAGAUCCCAUCCCUGGGAGCACAGGGCAGGAAGGAGACAGAGCUCUGGGCAGGUAAGAUGGGCUGGAACCCCCUUAUUCUGGGAUUCUGUGAGCUCUGGAACUCCCUCACCUGCUAGUCUCUCUCAUUUGGGUUAAAAUGCUUCAGAUGAUAACAGAGAAAACAUUGAAUUUGGCAUUGAAAUUACCAAAGUCCUUAUUUAAACAUCAUUUGUUUCUCUCUAUUUUACUUCUGUAAUUUAGGUGUUGAAUUUCAGUGUGAUAUAAUCACAAAUGCUGACUUUAUGCUUCUAGAUCGGUGGUGACUCAACACAAAAUUACUGGGGGGUAAUUAAAUACACUGUCAGAUUUGUGUGGACAGCAAGCAGUUGUGCUGCUUUUAAAAAUACGUUUUAAACGCAGGAGAUAAAAAUAUUUUUCAUUUUACAUUGAAAAGACAAAUAGCAACCAGAAAAGUGUUUAAAUUCACAAUUUCACUCACUUUUUUCCUGAUUUGUGCUGGUAAUGAGUUACUGGUAACCACAAUGGGGACAGGGGCAGUGGCCACCCUUGCGCUGUCCAAAGGUCCUGUUUUUAGGAUUAUUGAAGGAUCCAGGGAUGUUUGAGGGGGAACUGAACCUGGCUAGGCAGCUGGCAGGUUUCAGAGCAUGGUCCCAGUGCUCUGUGCCCAUCAUUGUCACACCAGUCCCCCAGGGGCUAGACUUUCCAGGGCAGUGAGGUCAGUGAGAUCUGUGAAUUCAGUAACCGAAAAAAGCCUUUAAUCCCUCAAAGGAGGAAAAUAAAAAUGUUUUGGCUUGUAAUUAAUUAGGGCUUUCUGAAGUGUCUGUUGGACAAGUCCUCAACAGGAAGCUAGUUUUCAAGUAAAUGUUUUCUUUAUUAAGAAUGUGUGUUUUAACAAGAACCACUGAAAUCUCCCUGAAGUGAAGGAGUAGAAAGUCUUUUGGCCUUCUGGGCAUGAUCCUGUGACAUGUUUUCUCAGGUGCCCAACCUAUUCCCUGAGCAGAUCCAACCCCAACCCCUCUGUGCCCACAGUCCUGCCCCAGCCAAGCCUCUCACGCACCAGCCUCGGGGCUUGGAGCAACAUGGUCUAAGGAAGGUGUCCCUGCCCAGGGCAGGGGGUGGAACAGGAUGAGCUGUAAGGUCCCUUCCAACCCAGACUAUUCUGGGAUUCUCUGAAGUGUGGAAUAGGAAUCAAGGGGGAGGUGUGCUCAGGGUGCUGGGGUAGUGUGGGACAGCAGUAUCCGAGGUGACACAGGCACAGGAGGCCAGGCAGGGCUCAAAGUGCCUUUGGCUGGUUUAGUUUGCAACUGCUUAACUUCUCAGCGUGCUUUUAAUAAUAUUUUGAUAUAAGUAUUUGUGCUUGUCUAGGUACACAAAUAUUUGGGUUAGAAAGAUGCAUAAAUAGAAACAUGAGCAUUUGUAUAAACACAGAUACGUGCAGGCACUGAGAAAGCUGCUUUAUAAAAGCAUUAUUUACACACCAAAUUUAUGCAUUCAUUAAGCACCAACUUUUAAUUCCACUACAAUUUUAAUCUCUCCUGUGGGUUGAAGGGAACAGCAGCCAGGUGGGGGGGACCGGGGUGUCCCCAUGGCAGAGAACCCAUCAGCAGGGACCCCACUGGAGGGUGCUGCAGCUUAAGGAAACUGGGAACUGUGUGUCCUGCAGGAUCAUAAACUGCUGCUUUACAGGCUAUUUUAUUCUUCUAAGCAGUUCUAGGAUAUUACUUUAUUUAUUUUUAGUGUGUGUUUAAGUAAUUUUGGAGACUCCCAGGGAUGCGUAGCACUCACCUAUAUCCAAGUAAAUAAGUUGUCAGUUACCUAAGAGAAAUUUGUAUAGGUAUUAACUCUUACAUUUAUAGAAGAGGCUUGAGCAUCCACAUUUUUUCCCUUGAUUAUCUCAGUUUAAUUAAAACCCCAACAUUAAUUAUAACUCAAUUCAAUAUUUGUUUAUUCAAAGGAAAUAACAUCUGGGAUGUGCGGGAGCCCAGGUCUGCAUCAGGAAAAUCUGUGCUUGAUGCACCAGCUUGUACUGUGUACUGGAAUACUCUAGGAAUUCAGCUGCAUAUGCCCAAGCACACAUUCCAUCGAAUCCUAAAUUAACUCUGGGGGUUGCAUCCCAGCACUAAUAUAUCCCACCAAAAGGCUUUCUGGCUCGGGGUGCAAACCCCUACAGGUCAGCAGAAGGAGACCUGUCCCUCAGGCUGGAAUUACCCAGGACAUGAUGCUGUUGGGUUUCAGAUGAUAGUUUUCCCUGUUCCCUAGUUUUUGUUGCCUACGAUCCCCUGUCCUUUUGCAUCCCCUGGGCUGCCCCAGCCCAGCCACCGCUCCGUGAGAUGUGGACACUGAGCAGGCCAUGCCCUUUACAGCUAAAUGUGGUUACCAAAUAUGACAUUCUGUGUGUGCGUGUGAGUGGGCCCACAUUGGGAGGGUGGAGAGCACAGAGCCUGGCCUUGAAAGUGUCUGUAGAUGCUGCAUCUGAGGGGAAGGAGUGUUUGCCCAUCACUGCCACACAAUAUCUUCUGUAAAUAAAUUCCUUCUGAUAAAUGCACACAAAGUGCUGCCUCUUACUAACCUGGACUGACUGACAUAGAUAGAAUUGGAAAGACCAAACCAGAUCCUGUGCCCCUCUUAAACACUCCCUCCCUGGAGAAGGGUCACACCUGAAUGGGAUCCAUUUUGACUCGUGGCUGUAAAGGUUUCCUACUAGUAACAGAAGAUGUUGCUGUAAUUACAGUUUAAUUGCUUCAAUCUGAACUAAAGCGUUGAAAAUAUUAAUAUUAAAUUAUUAUUUUCAGUGUUUUCAGUGAUAGAAGGAUGGAAAGAAGAACAUGGCAGGGGCUUGGAAUGAGAUGAUCUUUCAGGACCCUUCUAGCCCAAGCUAGUCUGUAUUCCAUGAUUUUGACAACAGAUAGCAGGUGCAGUGGGAUGGGGGGCAUUUCCCCAGUGAGAGCCCACAGAGCUCCAGGGGGGCCACCUCCUUCAGCACUGGUGCAGGCUCUGUCCAUGUGAGCCUCUGUUUUGUAGAUAAUCCUUUUCUUUAAAUCACAUUAUAUAUUGAUCUGUCGAACAAUAAUCAAGUUGUUCUGUGUUCCUGGUGUACUCCAGCUGUCAGCACAGGUUGGGGUUUUUUCGAGGUCAGCAGCACAUCCUUCCAGAGAGGAUCCACAGGGGAGAUGAAGAGCUACUGGAGCUGAAAUUCCCUGUAAGGCUUCAUCAGCAACCCCAUGUGUGAGCUCCUGCAUUCUGGAAGGGGCUGAAAAUUACUUCCCUCACAGGGGCCCUAAUGAGCUGCAUCAUUAGAAUGCUAAUUGGCAAAUCUUUGCUGUGCAGGGUGACCCCAAACAUCUUUGUUUAAAGUGAAGUGUAGGGGAAAUUCAGGCCAUCAAGGAGACUCCCAUUGAGCAAAGGCGUUCCUGGGAAGGCACAGAGAAAUUGGCUCAAAAGCUUUUACUCUCUUUUACUGUGCUGUAAAUCCUGUGGAUUUCUUUCUUUUUCUCGGUGAAGAGCAAGAUUGGGCUCAGCAAUAAUGAAGAGAUUUCCAGUGGGUUAAUAAUUGCCAAUUUAUAUAAAAGCUUAGAGUGUCCCCUUGCCUGGUGUUUCUGCUUCGCUGUCUCAGAGACUGCUCCAGACUGAAAUGCACGGAAAUGACAAUGUCAGUCUGAAUUUAUGGAUGAGACGGGAUGAGAUGGAGGCCCUGGGGCAGGAGGAACGUUCCUGGUGCUGAAGGACGGCUAAGCCAGGUCUGAGGCAGGGCUGGAGCUCAUCCCAGAGCUCUGGGCUGUGCAGAGCCUGCUCCUUGCUGGUUUGCCAAAUCCCACAGGAAAACACUUUGUCACCGACUUGCUGAG